AUGCUGGGAAAAGGUGUGCAACUUCUUCACAACAAUGCACCAGCUCAUGCUACGAUGACACUUGCCGCCAGUUUGGGAUAUGAAAUUCUCCCCCAUCCACCAUAUUCACCAGACCUGACACCGAGCGAUUUCUUCCUCUUUCAAUGGCUAAAGAAGACACUUUGUGGUAAGCGAUUCCAAGACGAUGAUGACAUCAUUUCCGCAGUGGAGGGCUUCCUAAACAGUCAAAAUGAGACCUUCUAUGAUCAAGGUAUCCAGCAGCUAAUGCAUCGUUGGGGAAAAUGUGUGGCCUUGCAGGGGGCAUAUGUAGAGAAGGACUAA